UUGAAACGCAGCACCGCCGAGCGCCAUGGACAAGAGCAACACGGGCAAGCUCUUCGUGGGCAACCUGGCGUUGGACACCACCCAGGAGGAGCUGUCGGCCAUCUUUGAACCCUACGGCCAGGUGGUGAGCUGCAGCGUGCUGCGGCAGUUUGCCUUCGUGCACCUGCAGGGCGAGGGCGCCGCCGAGCGCGCCAUCCGCGAGCUCAACGGCCGGGAGUUCCGCGGGCGCAAUCUGGUGGUGGAGGAGUCGCGGGGGAGGCCGCUGCACUCCACCAAGGUGUUUGUGGGCAACCUCAGUGGCAUGUGCACCACCGAGGACCUCCAGCAGCUCUUCCAGACGUUUGGCAAAGUUUUGGAGUGCGAUAAAGUGAAAGCCAGGCAUUCCUCUUCUGCAGGAUAUGCCUUUGUCCACAUGGAAAACAAGGAGGACGCGCUCCAGGCCAUCGAGGCCCUGCACGGGACCUCGUUCAAGGGCCGGCCCCUCUCCGUGGAGCUGUCCAAGGUCCAGCCCAGCAAGCAGGCGCCCACGGGGAAGAUCCCCUGCGUCAACUGCGGCAAGCAGGGCCACUACGCCGGCGAAUGCCCCGUCGGGAAGCCCUCGCUGGAGCAGUACCAGAGCCAGGCGGCGGUCCUGGCCGCGGCCGCCGCCGCCGCCGCCGGCCUGCCGCUGCAGGUGCAGCAGAGCGUGCACAAUUCGGUCUACAACACCUCCACCUUCGACCCCACGUACGCGGCGCUCACCGGGAUCACGACGGGCACGCGCACCGACGGAAACCCGGUGAACCCGGCGGUGUACGGCGCCCUCGCCAGCCAGGUGUACGGCGCCAACGUCGCCAGUCAGCUUUACGGGUCGGUGGCCAAUCAGGCGGCUUUGACGUCGGGCGCCACCCAGAUGUACAGCCAGAUGGCGCCCAACAUUUACAGCCAGAUGGCGGCGUCCCAGGCGGCCGCCGCCGCUGCCUACUCGCCUCAUGUUUACACCCCGACCAUGGCCAACUCCCACGUCUACCUGACCGCUGCUCAUGGAUUAGAAAUGCAGCAGGCGGCGGCGGCGGGCGUCAACCCCGGCUACGCGGUCUCACCGGGUAUUUACGGCGGCGGCGGCGCCCCGGCCUACGCUCACAUAAGCGCCAUGGGAGGGACGGACCCCACCACGGCCAUCUUUGAGGCCGCCAGACAGGCCCACUACUUCGCCCAGGGACAGCAGGUCAUGGCGGACCAGCAGGCGGCGGCGGCCGCCGCCGCGGCAAAGUCCGGCGAGAGGGACCGCAGUCCGCUGCGGAGGUCGGUGCCGCUGCUGCCGGACCCGGUGAUGAAGCCGUUCAUGUACCAGAGGGCCAAGCCGCGCCGGCCCCUGCUCCCCACGCCGGCCGGCCGAGCGGCAGAGGAGGCAGCGGAGGCUGCCGAGGACCCCAUGGCCAGGUACUACGCGGAGUACUACCAGCAGCUGCAGCAGUACCCGCAGUUCCAGUACGCCUACCCGCCGCCGAGCGCCAUGACGGCCAUCCAGGGCAUGCAGGGGGUGUCGGCCGUCCCCGCCGUUUCCGCAAUGUCGGCCCAGUCGGUCGCCGCGCUGGACGCCCUCAGGCCAGUGGUGCCCAACGCCGCGGCAGUGGCCGCCGCCAUGGCCGCGCCAAGGGUGUAUGAGCCGCCGUUGCCGCCGCCCGCGCGCAAGGAGGCCAUCCUCCGCCGCCCCGAACUCUCCCUUCACACGCCUGAGCCCCCCUUCCGAUAGUCGCACACAACUCUCUGAAACACCACCCUCCCCCCCCCCCCACCCACCCCUCCCUCCCUCUUCGCCCUGAACCCCAUCGCACAUCUCCUCUUCCACCCCCCCAAACUUGACCACCGUACAGCAGCUGUGUGUGUUCAUGUGUGUGAGCGAGUGCGUCUGCGGGAUCAAAGUGUGGGGGCGGGGUUUAUUAACCUGCUUCACGGUGGGGGGGAGGGGGGGGGUCCCCGGGGGGUCCCCGAUCGGCUAACCUUGGUCCUGUUUGCAUGCACACAGUGCAGCCGUGAAAGGCUCUCACCUGCUCGCCACUCUUUGUGCUUCUCUUUUCCUUCUGUUAUUCACCGUGCCAGUGUCUCUCUCUCUCUCUCUCUCUCUCUCUCGUGCCAGUAUUAGACCGACCCGGCCGGUCGUUCCACGCGCCCCCACUCUGCGAUAAGACGCUGUUUUUUUUUCCUUUUUCAAUCCGUCAUCCUCAGCGGGCCUAGAUGAUCGGUUCAAGGCAGCUCUUUAUUUAUUGUGAGAGUUUUUUCAUUUGCGACGCGUGAGGCUGAGAGACACACAUCAUGUGACCAGGCUGCACUGCAUCGUGUCCAAUAGAACCAAGGUUGUUGUCCCGAAUGUCUUGAUGUGGUCGUGUGAAAGAGAGAGUGCGUCCCCCCCCCCCCCCCCCGACCUCGCAGCGCACAAACGCAGCAGCUUUCGACUGCGCCUUGCAGAAAAGAGGGGGGGGAAUAUAUAUAUAUAUCUAUAUGUAGAUAUAUAUAAAAUCACGUUAAGCACAGCUAAUACGUACUGUAAUGUAUGUCUGCAUCGCUCCUUGACCCCCCCCCCCCCCCUCCCCCCUUUCCCCACCUGUACUCUCAAACUACGACACUGGAAGACACGGCUCCACCUCUACAUCCUACCUCUGACAGUACAUUUAUUCUGUUAAACACUUCUCACCCGGUCAGCAGCUCACUUCCUGCUCCUUGUAAAAGGUGCAGGGUCUUCAUUUUAAGGGGGGGGGGGUUAUCUACUUUUGUAGAUAUUACGUAUUAAGUCCUCCUCAAUUCCAGAGGCCUUUAAACACAAGUGUUUGCGUUUCUUUUGUCUUUUUUAGUGUAGUUUACGUGCAGUCAACCCGGGGUGUGAUCAAAUGAAACGCCCCCCCCGUGUGUGACUACUGAGCUGUUUACAAAGGAUGCAUGCGAUGCACCCAGUAAGGAAUCAUGUGACCAGCUCAAUUAUGUGCCUAUACGUUUUGAGCAAAGUGCAUUACGUGGAGGGACCUGCCAUUUUUAAGUGUUUUUUUUAAAUCAUUUUUUUGGGGGUGGGGGGACAACUUUUUUUCAUAUUGUAGUUUAUUUAAUUUUUUUUAAUGACGAAAAAGCCACAAACCGAGCCGCCGGGUCUUAAGCGGGAACGAGUGAUCGCACCAACCAAUCGGGGGACGGGGGCGUGUCUUCCAGGUGCCCCGGGUGUCACCUGACUUCUUUUCGUUUCCCCAAACGGCAGACCUGCGUCGGAUGGUAUCCGCGGGGCGAUUCGGGUUUUAAUGCGGUUGUUGGGUUCUGGUCGGCGGCGGCUCGUCCCGACUUCAGAUCCCAAAAAUCCCUUUUUAAAACUUCGAAAAUUGCUUUUGUUUGGCGGCUGCUGUCUGACAAGCGGUCUGACGCGCACAGGACGUGCUCUGGAUUCACCUUACUGCCUCGCUGACUCCCCCCCCCCCACAUCACCCCCCCUCCCUCCCUUCUCUCUCCCCCUGUGGUUUUUAGUGGCUAAGUGACUUUUGCAUCUCACAGUGUAAUCUUUCUGCGUUGUGUAUAUACAAACACAUACCAGUUGCAUCCUUUGUAGAAUUAUGUGGUUUGCGAAAUGUCUUGUUUGCCAUGUUUGACACCGUAUUUUUUAGAGAAGUACUUUUAUUUUGCCCUUUUUUUUUUUUAAGAAAAGGAAAAACAUUAAUUAAAAAUCGGCAUGCUUUUUAUUGAGAAUAUGUACACUAUAAUCAUUAUUAUAAUAAAGAAUGUUUGGCUCACUACUGUGGUAAAAGAAA